AUGACCAAGAUUUUGGCUCUCUCUGGGGGAUUCAUCCUCGCGAUGUCCUCUACUCUUGUUAAUCAAGCUUUCACUCUGUCCCCUCCAGCUGACAAAGGUCCUGUUGCUGCUAUAGUUAGUUCAACAGUUGUUACUGUGAGUUUGUACGGCCACUUUGUCUUCCAUGAACGACUCGAUCGAGUUCACACAAUCCUUCUAAUGAUGGUGGUCGCAGGAAUGACCAUUUCAACUUUCGGAACCUACGUCGCGCUGGCUCCUGGCAAUGCAUCGUCUAGUGGCUCUCACUCUUUCAUCGGACCACUGUUCGCGAUAUUGGCUAUGAUUGGUAUAUCAGCAUUGACACUGCUGAUGAGAUACAACUCUAUCGGUAACGUCGCUACACGCAGUGGUUUUUCGGCUCUGCUACUGUCGCAGACCUGUGUUGCGAUCUCCCUAUGUAUGGUUUUGAUCGCUAGAGGCCAAACAACUUUGCGUGUUACUGGAUUUGCUCUGGUCACUACCAUGGUCGCGGGCCUCUCCCAGUCGACUGGUAUCUUCUUCAUGAACGAAGCGUUGGCGUAUCCAAUGACCAGCUUGGUGAAAGUCAUAUGUUCGGCUAACCCUAUAAUUGUGUUGUUGUUGAACUUCUUUAUCGAUGGUUUAGUUCCGAGAGCCACACAAUCGAUCGGCAUGGCUAUCAUCCUUAUUGCUGUGUUCUUGAGUGCUCUCAUACCUCCUAAAGGACUACAGCCCUCAAGCAAAGAGGACGUGAUGAAUUGUGGUCCUCGCGAUCUGGCAAACUCCCUCCUCGCUGAGCGAGUGAUGCUGGUUUGA